AGCCCUCGAGAAAGUUCUGUGGCAGCGGCGCUGUUAUAAAACGAGCCGCACGGCUCCUGCCCGCCCUCACACAGAGUUUCCUCGCCAAGGUUGUAUCUCCGAAGAAAAAACUUCGACAAAAUGGUUCACGAAACCGGCUUCUAUGAUCUCCUGGGUGUCCGUCCGGAAGCGUCGAUGGACGAGAUUAAAAAAGCCUACAGAAAACUGGCACUUAAAUACCACCCCGACAAGAACCCUAACGAAGGAGAAAAGUUUAAGCUAAUCUCCCAAGCAUAUGAAGUCCUCUCGGAUCCAAAGAAAAGGGACUUGUAUGACCAGGGAGGGGAGCAAGCYAUCAAAGAGGGAGGCAUGAACUCGGGAUCAUCUCCGAUGGACAUAUUUGACAUGUUCUUUGGAGGUGGAGGGCGGAUGCAGAGAGAGAGAAGAGGGAAGAACGUUGUUCACCAGCUUGGUGUCACGCUGGAGGAAAUGUACAAUGGUUCGACAAGGAAGCUUGGACUUCAGAAGAAUGUCAUCUGUGAGAAAUGUGAUGGUUACGGUGGGAAAAAGGGCGCCUUGGAGAAGUGCUCAGCCUGCAAAGGAAGAGGAGUACAAAUCAGAGUGCARCAACUUGGACCGGGCAUGAUUCAGCAGAUCCAGUCUAUGUGUUCCGACUGCCAGGGGCAGGGUGAAAAAUUCAGCGCCAAGGAUCGCUGCAAGAACUGCAACGGACUCAAAGUAGAACGCAAGAAGAAAAUCCUCGAGGUUCACAUAGACAAAGGUAUGAAAGACGGCCAGAAAAUUGUGUUUCAUGGAGAAGGCGACCAGGAACCUGGAUUGGAGCCUGGGGACGUCAUAAUUGUCCUGGAUCARAAGGAACAUCCGGUUUUCCAGAGACGAGACAGCGACCUGAUCAUGAAGAUGGACAUCAAACUUGUAGAGGCCUUGUGUGGUUUCAGUAAGGCCAUUCAGACGUUGGACAACAGAACGCUCCUCAUCAGCACAAGGCCAGGUGAAGUCAUCAAGCACAACGACAUCAAGUGUGUCCAGAACGAAGGCAUGCCCCUGCACAGGGAUCCUUAUGAAAAGGGACAGCUAAUCAUUCAGUUCCAGGUGGAGUUCCCAGAGAAACACUGGCUCCCCGAGCAUCUCAUGUUCCAGCUGGAACGACUGCUUCCCCCCAGAGAGGAGGUGAUGAUGAGUGACGACAUGGAGGAGGUGGACCUCUGUGAGGUGGACCUCAACUCCCAGCAGAAACACCACAGCAGGGARGUGUACGAGGAAGACGAUGAUGGUCCUAGAGGGGGGGUGCAAUGUCAGACGCAUUGAGUGUAGCCGAGGUACAAACUUCUCUGUAAACAGUGAGGUUUUUUUUUUUUCCACAGCCUUUUGAAGAUUUGACCAGUGAUGUAAAGUCUCAACUUUUACACUUAUARUUGAAAAUUUCCCUGUUUUUAUUGUUAACCUUGACACAAACAUGCACACUGUGUGCUCCUAAUGUAAAGCUGUAUUUUUGUGUUGUGUGUUUCAAAUCUUUCACCUUCUGUACAUACUUUCUUUGACGACACAAAUGUUUUUUUGUUCAAAAGCCAAACGGACGAUUUUUCUAUACUUUCUGUGAAGGUACUUUGUGACAAAUGUAUUAAAUCCGUCAAAGUAAAACUUCUGUAUUUUUGUUUUAUCUCUUAAAAGUCUGUAAACAUUUUGCAUAAAGAUUGACUCUGGACAAAGAAGCAAAACCAGCAAUUUCUAAUAAACACUGUUUAAAAAAA